UUCCAAGUCCAACUCUCACAAAACCCAAACUUUACAACAUGUAUGUAGCCUACGACUGAAAGAAUGAAGUGAAAAGUAUGUUCGCCGCGCCCUAGGGGGAGGGGAGUGUCGAGCUACAGUUUAUAUCUGUUUACUGAACAUUUCCCCUUUCAGUCUCUAUGGGAAGCAGGCUAGGCUACUAACUCUGGACUAGACAAUUCCAUUAUGUGUAUAUAAUCUUCAGAAACAAUGCAAAAUUGGACUGCAGAAACAUUAAAAGACAGCCAGAGCAUUGGAAGUUUUGGCAAGUCUUGUGGAAAAGUAACGCAUCCCUAUGAUUGUUGUUCACAACCAUUUGGGAAGCCUAAUCUCAGCCUUUAUCAGACAAUCACAAGACUGCUGAAGAAAUGUCAAAUUGUAAUUAAGAAUUUUCUUAAGGGACCCUCUCGGAUUACCACCUUAGAAACAAGCCAGUCUCCAUCUCUGGAUGAGUGUAAAGCCAUAAUCAGAAAACUGGCCACAGAGCUACAUCGGAUAUCAAAGUAUGAAGAUAAUUUCACCACCAGCCUUGAGGAUGGCUACAGCCUGGCAGAGUGUCAACAGUUCAUCCUACAAUGGGCGGAGGAGUUGAGCAUCUUACCAAAGAUAUCCGAGGGGCAAAGCAGGAGCUCACCAAAUCCCCCGCGUACCUGCUGGGAGGACUAUGAGGUAGAGGAGAGAACAUCUCCAAAAGAGGCUGAGAGAAGACUUGCAGAAGCUCAGCGCAUCGUCUCAGAAUGGGCUGCAGGACUACAAUCACGAAAACAGGACUCAGUGUGUCCAGGAGAGGAUGUGUGUUCAGUCCUGCAGGAUCUGGAGGGACAGUGGAAGAGAGGGAAACUACCCAGCAUGCUCCCUGUCAUGGACUUUAUCAUCUGGACUGUGUUACAGGAAGAUCCUCAAGAGGGCUCCAUCCCAGAGCUAUGGCUCAAAUCCAAGCAGAGGUUCAAACACUCAGCCUUCACCACAGUGAUUCCUGAACCAGUAUGGGACUGGAUAAGCAAAGCAUCAGUUGACAUUCUCUUGGACCCUGAAUCAGCCAAUCCAGAUUUCAUAGUGUCCAACAAUCAGAAACGUGUGAGAGUGGGCAAAAUAAUAGAGAGUAAACAUGAUCCUAGAGAUGGAUACCGUCGCUACGGCGCAUCUCACAAGUAUGAUGGGUGGUGGUGUGCACUGGGAACACAGGGCUUUACCAAGGGUAGGUACUACUGGGAGGUGGGGGUGGAAGGGAAGACAGACUGGAGGAUAGGGAUAGCUAGGGAGUCUGCACCAAGAAGAGGCUUCAGUGAACUGAACACAUCAACAGGUUACUGGACACUUCGGAUGCAGGUCGGUGGGCUGAAGGCUCUAACGGUUCCGGCUGUUGAUAUCAAGAUUCCAGAACAUCUCAAGAAGAUUGGGGUCUACCUUGACAUUGAGGAGGGGCAGCUCUCCUUUUAUAAUGUUGUAGCACGCAGUCAUAUCUACACCUUCAAUGACACGUUUUCUGAACAGGUUUAUCCAGUCUUUGGCACAGUAGAGACAGACAGAGACCUUAUCAUACUGUAGUACACAGCUAAAUGGAAAAGAAAAGACACAGAAGUUAUUGAGGAUGUCUUUGUUAUCAUGACUAAGAUCCACCCUAGACCACCCUAGACAAACCUAGACCGCCCUAGACCACCCUAGACAAACCUAGACCACCCUAGACAAACCUAGACCACCCUAGACCACCCUAGACAAACCUAGACAAACCUAGACCACCCUAGAACCACCCUAGACAAACCUAGACCACCCUAGACCACCCUAGACAAAUCUAAGACUACCCUAGACAAACCUAGACCACCCUAGACCACCCUAGACAAACCUAGACCACCCUAGAACCACCCUAGACAAACCUAGACCACCCUAGAACCACCCUAGACAAACCUAGACCACCCUAGACCACCCUAGACAAACCUAGACCACCCUAGACAAACCUAGACCACCCUAGACAAACCUAGACCACCCCAGAACCACCCUAGACAAACCUAGACCACCCUAGACAAACCUAGAACCACCCUAGAACCACCCUAGACAAACCUAGACCACCCUAGACCACCCUAGACAAACCUAGACCACCCUAGAACCCCCCUAGACCACACUAGACAAACCUAGACCCCCCUUAGACCACCCUUGACAAACCUAGACCACCCUAGAUCACCCUAGAACCACCCUAGAACACAGGCCAUCAUUUACUCUAAGUGAUGUCAUCCCCAUGUUUAUAACAUGGACAUUUGGGGAAAUUACUCUGCCCACGAUGGAACCAAUUAUGGCAAAAAACACAGCUAAUUCCAUACAUGACAUGGUGUAUACAAUAUUUAGUAACUUCUGUUCUGUUCUCUUCCAUCCCCAAGCACAGCAGGUUGAUGGUAAUCCAUAAUGGUGGCCAUGUAUUAUCCUUACUCCAGUUAGACUGUAGCAAACAGGUGAUUUCUAUAGAGUGUCUGCAUCAUGAAGCCAGAUUUAUCUUUCUUUAUGAUUUGGGAAGCUUUACUUUGUGAAUUUAAUGAUCAUUUAUCUUUCAUUCUUAUUUAACUAGGUCAGUUAGGAACAAAUUCUUAUUUUCAAUGACAGUCGAGGAACAGUGGGCUAACUGCCUUGUUCAGGGGCAAAACAACAGAUUAUUACCUUGUCAGCUCAGGGAUUCAAUCUUGCAAUCUUUCGGUUACUAGUCCAACGCUCUAACCACUAGGCUACCUGCUGGUUACUAGUCCAAUGCUCUAACCUCUAGGCUACCUGUCGCCCCUUUAUGACUUGGGAAGCUUUACUUUGUGAAUUUAAUGAUAAUGUGACAUUAGAUGUUUACUAUGAUUUCAUCAGUUGAGGUUAGCUACGGUAAUUCUAUUUAUUUUUCAUACUUCCUCAAUGAGUUUGUACAGCACUGACGAAGCUAUAGAAGCUAAAAUGUAUGCUUAUUUUUUGUUAAGCACUUUGCACUUUGCACUUUCUGUUAUUCUUUCAAGCAUGGAUUGAACUAAGUAUAUUUUAGUAUCUUGGCUUCCUUGGUUUGAUAUUUUAUUUCAGCUCAUGAAACAUGGGACCAACACUUUAUAUGUUGCCUUUAUAUUUUUGUUCAAACAGACCAUUUGAAGAAUUCAAUUCAUGACAAUUCAUGAGGAUGUUUAUAUAGGCACAGAUGAUGUCUAAACCAAUCAGAUAAAUUUGUCUCUCAGCAUCA